AUGAGCGUCGACUCCAGGUCAGUGAGCUCUUGUAAUGGCCUGGUUCUAGUUUCCAAUGAAGAUUUUGUCAACUUCUUAUUUAAUCCAUCCACUAGUGAAUGGAAGGAACUGCCUUCCCCUUUUCCUCAAUACAGACAAUACUCUUCGGUGGAUGUCUUUUAUCCACCUGGGUUGGGUUAUGUCUCGUACCCGGUUGAUUACAAGGUCGUGAUGCCCGUUUUUAAGCAACGGCGAAACGCUAAUGAUGCCGAUGUUACGAUUGUGGCUGUCUAUUCACUGAAAAAUAAUGCUUGGAGGACGAUUCAAGAUUUCCCUUAUGAUCCUGUGGGACGUGGUCGUGGGGUUUGCUUUAACGAGCAUCUCCAUUUCCUAUGUGGGAGGACUGGUGGUUUGGAUUAUUCUGAAGUUGUUGUUGCCUUCGAUUUGGUGGAUGAGAUUUUCAGGGAAGUGGAGUGGCCUGCCUCGUAUGAUGUUACCGAGUUUAGGGGUCAUGACAUGGCGGUUCUUGAGGGUUGUCUUUGUUUGCUUGUCUGGUCGAAGAGUGAUCGAAUUGAUGUUUGGUUGAUAAUGGAUUAUGAGGAACUUGUGUUGAGGAGAGAGAGAUUUACAAGUAUCAGUGGAAGGGUAGAAGAUGAAUUUGACGGGAAAAAACUAAUUCUUUGCAAUCCAAUGCAAGGCAUACGAAGGGAAGUGGUGGUUCCUGGCAUUCCAACUACAUCUCUAGUUGGGGACCACUGCAUGGAGACCCUCCUCUCUCCUAAUCAUGGAGGACGGAUUCCGGAGACAAUAUGA